AUGUCAGAAGAAGAAAUUAAAGAUUUUAUAAAGUCGUCCGUAAAUUGGACUGAAAUGAAGAAGUGGAUAGCUGAAGGAAUGCCGUAUGAAGAACAUGACGAAGUCUUGAUGUUUUUGAACCAAGAGAAGAAAAGAGCCGGACAAUAUAAAGCUGACGGAAAAAGAAAACAAACUAAUGGAAAAAUUUCUAACCAAAGUGCCAGGAAGACCGAUAAAAAAGCCAGGAAAGAAAGCCAUAUUAAUUCUGCCACAAAAGGAACCAAAACCCCGUCAGUAACGACGGUAAACAUUGUAGUGAAGUUCCUAGACCAAGACAAGUUUCCGAUCCUCUCGGGCUACACUACGCAAAUGCUACAAGAUUUGAAUAACGAUGGAUUAAUAAACGACGUAAUUGGACUCAAUAUUAAAGGGAAAAUUAGAGAAUUUAAUCAAAAUCAAACAAGUAUCAAACCUGCUGUUCGUACUUACGACAUCGUACCUAAAUGUUCGUACAUGUACGCGCUUCUUUUACCAAAUAAUCAUUACUUGAUGUUGAGACAUCUUUGCG